AUCUGUUUUUAUUGGGUAAAUUGUAUUCUUCUCCAGUUCUCAGAAAAUCAAAAUUCACCUCUCGAUUGUGUUUGUUCUCCCAAGGAACUUCUAAUGGCGUCUGCUCUGGAAACCAAAGCCAAAGAAGCAUUCAUCGAUGAUCACUUCGAACUAGCCCUGGAUCUGUACUCGCAAGCCAUCGAACAAAACCCUAAACAGGCCGAGCUCUACGCCGACCGCGCUCAAGCCAACAUCAAACUCAAUAAUCUACCUGAGGCUGUGGCUGAUGCAAACAAAGCAAUCGAGUUGGACCCUUCCAUGUCUAAAGCCUACUUGCGCAAAGCUAAUGCGUGUAUGAAGCUUGAGGAGUAUCAAACUGCCAAGGCUGCAUUGGAUGCUGGCGCUGCUUUGGCACCGGUAGACUCGAGAUUUCCCAAGUUGAUUAAAGAAUGUGAAGAGCGCAUUGCAGAGGAAACUGGUGAACUGCCAAUGCAGACAUCAGAAAAGGUGACAACAAAUGUUGUACCUGUGAAAGAAGUUUCGUCCCACAAGGGUGUGCCUGAUCCUGUGACUGUGGCAGCACCAGUCAAACCUUCUUAUAGGCAUGAAUUUUACCAGAAGCCAGAGGAAGUGGUUGUCACAAUUUUUGCUAAGGGAAUACCGCGUGAAUGUGUUAAAGUUGAUUAUGGUGAACAAAUUCUAAGUGUAGCCAUUGAUGCUCCCGGUAAAGAUGCUUAUCAUUUCCUACCUCGCUUAUUUGGAAAGAUAAUACCCGACAGGUGCAGACAUGAUGUUUUGUCGACUAAAAUUGAAAUUCGGCUAGCAAAAGCUGAACCAAUUCAUUGGACAUCCCUUGAAUAUAGCAGGGAAGCUGCUGUUCCCCAAAGGGUUAAUGUAUCUUCUGUUACUGCAAAUCAGAGACCAGCGUAUCCAUCCUCCAAACCAAAAAGGGAUUGGGAUAAAAUUGAAGCUCAAGUAAAGAAAGAGGAGAAAGACGAACAGUUGGAUGGUGAUGCGGCAUUGAACAAAUUUUUCCGGGACAUUUAUCAAGAUGCAGAUGAGGAUGCAAGAAGGGCCAUGCAGAAAUCUUUCGUGGAAUCAAAUGGGACUGUUCUUUCGACAAACUGGAAAGAAGUUGGUGUAAAGAAGGUGGAAGGAAGUCCUCCGGAUGGUAUGGAGCUAAAGAAGUGGGAGUACUGAGCUCUUUGUUCUCUUAAUCAACUGCAGUGUUGUAUACAUAUCUUCAAUAUUACAUUAUGUCAAAUUAUCUAUGCUUUGACUGUUUAAACUUGUUCCCAAGUUGAGGUAGAUGGAUUGUUUUCUUUUUGCUUUAGUACCCUUCGUUUUAAAGGUCUCUUUUGGGGUUUGUGUAAUAUUUUGGUGAAAACCUUCCGAACUUUCAAGUUAUGCAAUGAAGAUUGUGACUUUUCUCUCUCUA